CUGAGCGCUUUCAAAAAUCAGUUCAUCGGGAACCUCAAAAGCGGGUGCACACUUGACUCGUGUUACUUUCGUGAAAAAAAUAAAUCAUUAAAAAAUCAUAAAAAAAGCAAAACAAACAAAUAAUAAAAAGAAAAUAUAAUAAAACUGCCACGCAUUUGCUUAUAAUACAAAUUUACCAAAGUCUUAAAAUAUAUUUUUAUACAAAAAACAAAAAAAAACAAAAGUGUAUUAGCACCGCUAUAAUACGUAGCAUAUACAUAAUUUCGCAAUUUUUAUUAUCGCUCGAGUGAAUCUGAAAGAAUAAGCAUAAUAAUGGCCACAGCGCAGCAGCCAAACGGUUUACUAAACACUAAAACCGGCUUAAAGGGAGAGGAACUUAUUGAUAUGGAGGUUGAUCACACUGAGAAGCACUCGCUUAACCAUGAUUUUAUGGACUCGGAACGCAGUGAAAUAGAUGGAGCAAUGCGACAUCCAGAGGAACUGGAUGCUCUGGAAGAACUUGCUACCGUGGAUGUAAAUGCUUAUGCUCAUAAGAAAACCUUGGCACAGGGUAUGAUGGAUUUAGCAUUACUCACAGCUAAUGCCAAUCAGUUGCGCUAUGUGGUGGAGACCUAUAAAAAUCAUCCUUAUUUUUAUCCCAGUUUGGUAUUAUUGAUACUUAGUAUUGGCUUUCAAAUAGCCGUGGGCGUUGGUUUGAUACUCAACAGUCGUUACAACAUUGAAGAUAAAAAGGAAGUAUGUCAUGCUGAAAAAGUUAGCAAUUACACAAUAUGCGGCAUUUUUAUAAUAACUGUGAUCAAUGUCUUCAUCUCUGCGUUCGGCGUGGCGGACGCGCCUGAUGGCAAGUAAUAGUGGAAACCGCUUUAAUCACCAGGGUGCAUAAAAGGAUGUGAUAUUCAAUAUUAUUGUUUGUUUUUU